GCACCGCUGAGCUGCCGAGAGAAGGCUCGCUCCGCCCGGCUGCCCUCUCGCAGCCUGUUGGCGAGGGGCUGAGGAGGAGGGCAGAGGAAGGCACAGCACCAGCUCGGGCCCUCCGGCAGGCGGCUUCGCCGAGUUUUCAGGUGGCGAAACUGACCGGUCUGGUUAGAGCGCGUCCAAGCCAAGCCGCAGUGCUGUUUGGAUUUUUAAAUUUCUCCUUCUGAGUGAGAAAAUAGCAAUCGAGAUGGAGCCAUCCGGACAACAGCGCCAGCUGGCAGCAUCAUCUCCCGCCAAUUUAUCCAACUUCUGCCAAGGUUCUGAAAUGCCAACAAUGUCAAGGCCUGCACUUGAUGUCAAGGGUGGCACCUCACCUGCGAAGGAGGAUGCCAACCAAGAGAUGAGCUCUCUGGCCUACUCUAACCUGGGGGUGAAAGAUCGCAAAGCAGUGGCGGUUCUGCACUACCCCGCGGUGGCCUCAAAUGGAACCAAGGCCAGUGGGGCUCCCACUAGUCCCUUGGGAUCUCCAUCUCCGAUAGGCUCUCCUACCUCCAGCCCUCCCACUAAAACCCCACCCUUCAACCUGCACCCUGCCCCUCACCUGUUGGCUAGUAUGCAGCUGCAGAAACUUAAUAGCCAGUAUCAUGGGAUGGCCGCCGCCGCCGCUCCGGGCCAACCUGGGGAGGCAGGGCCCCUUCCAAACUGGGGCUUUGGGGCUCAGGCAGGAGGGGCGGGGUCACUCUCUCCUCCUACCGGUGCCCAGAGUCCUACUAUCAUCGAUUCNGACCCGGUGGAUGAGGAGGUGCUGAUGUCGCUGGUGGUGGAACUGGGACUGGACCGAGCCGAUGAGCUUCCGGAGCUGUGGCUGGGGCAGAAUGAGUUUGACUUCACUGCUGACUUUCCAUCUGGCUGCUGAUGCUGGUGUCCGUAAAGAUGGAGGAAUAAAGCCACCAAUUCUGUUGUAAAUAAAAAUAAAAGUUACUUACAA